GUGAGCAGUUUUGGGCAGUCGAGCGCCAAGAUAGACCCAGAUUCGAAUCCAUUGAUAGAUGUGGUAAAUGGCGGAUAGGAAAAGUUUAGGGGAACUGAAACUUACUCUUCCAGAAUCAAUUUGUUUUCACAAUUUUAGUCAGUUUAUUGCAUGAUAAAAUUAAUCAAAAGAAAUUAUGAAUAUAUUAUCUGUAAAUGGAUUGGAAAGCCAAGCUGCCAAGCUACUGAACUUCAAGGACAAACUUGAUGUGGACCUUCUGGAUAAAGUUAUUACCUCAUUGUACUCAGGGGAAGGUGUUCAGCAUCAAGUGGCUAAAAAGGUAUUGCAAGAUCUGAAAGACCAUCCAGAAUCAUGGACAAGAGUAGAUUCAAUCCUUGAAUAUUCAAGCAACCAGAAAACAAAGUUCUAUGCUUUGCAAAUUCUUGAGGGUGUCAUAAAAACAAGAUGGAAGAUUCUUCCAUUAGAGCAAAGAGAGGGGAUAAAAAAGUAUGUUGUUGGUCUUGUUAUAAAAUUAUCCUCAUCUGCAGCAACCUUGGAGAGUGAAAAGACCUAUUUGAAUAAACUUAAUGUCAUCCUGGUUCAGAUUGUGAAAAGGGAAUGGCCAAAAAACUGGCCAACUUUCAUUAGUGAUAUUGUUGGUGCAAGUCGUACGAAUGAGUCAUUGUGUCAAAAUAACAUGGCAGUGCUGCGUCUGCUCAGUGAAGAAGUCUUCGACUUUUCAAGUGGACAGAUAACUCAAAACAAAGCUAAACACUUGAAAGACAGCAUGUGUCAAGAAUUUUCUCUUAUAUUCACACUUUGUCAGUUUGUUAUGGAAAAUUCUAUGAAUGUUGCAUUGGUAGAGUCCACUCUCCAGACACUGUUAAAGUUUUUGAAUUGGAUUCCACUUGGCUAUGUCUUUGAGACCAAACUCAUAAGCACAUUGAUAUACAAGUUUUUGAAUGUCCCAAUGUUCAGAAAUGUUACACUGAAGUGUCUAACAGAGAUUGGAGGUAUAUCAAAUAUUCAGUAUGAUGAACAAUUUGUUUUACUAUAUUCAUUGACCAUGGCACAACUUAAACAGAUGCUUCCACUGGACACAAAUCUCAAGCAAGCAUAUGUUAAUGGAACAGAUGACGAGCAGAAGUUCAUUCAAAAUUUGGCUAUGUUUUUAAGUACAUUUUUAAAAGAACAUGGUCAUUUGUUGGAGAAAAAAGCGGUAGGAUUAACUCCUAAGAAUUCGAGUGGGUAUGUCAUAGAAAGUAUGGAGCCUAGCUUUAGCCUUAAGGUGGAUUUAAAGUCAACCCUUUUAGAGGGUCUACAAUAUUUGGUGCUGAUAUCCGAGGUUGAAGACACAGAAAUAUUUAAAAUUUGUCUGGAGUAUUGGAGCGCAUUGGCUUCAGAUCUUUACAGAGAGAGUCCUUUUUCAACACCGUCUCAACUGCUAGGAUCGCCGUCAUCACUGAAUAUCCCACCCAGGCGGCAGAUAUACUUGGAAAUUCUUUCUACGGUCAGGUUUAUCAUGAUUUCCAGAAUGGCAAAACCAGAGGAGGUGCUUGUUGUUGAGAAUGACCAGGGUGAAGUUGUAAGAGAAUUUAUGAAAGAUACAGAUUCGAUUAACAUGUACAAAACAAUGAGAGAGACGUUGGUUUACCUAACUCAUUUGGACUACCAAGACACAGAACGAAUAAUGACAGAAAAAUUACGAAACCAAGUGAACGGAUCAGAAUGGUCUUGGAAAAAUUUAAAUACGCUUUGUUGGGCCAUUGGCUCAAUUAGCGGUGCAAUGCACGAGGAGGAUGAAAAGAGAUUUCUUGUCAUAUUUAUAAAGGAUUUACUAGGCCUUUGCGAAGUAAAAAGAGGGAAGGAUAACAAGGCCAUCAUUGCUUCUAAUAUUAUGUACAUAGUUGGACAGUACCCCCGCUUUUUAAGGGCUCACUGGAAAUUUUUAAAAACAGUUGUAAAUAAACUUUUCGAAUUUAUGCACGAAACCCACGACGGAGUACAAGACAUGGCAUGUGACACAUUCAUAAAAAUCGCACAAAGAUGUAGACGGCAUUUUGUUCAGGUGCAGGUCGGUGAAGUGAUGCCAUUUAUUGAGGAAAUACUUAACAACAUCAGUACAAUAAUCUGCGACUUGCAGCCCCAGCAGGUGCACGUGUUUUACGAAGCUGUUGGCUGUAUGAUCAGUGCACAAACGGAUUCAGUGGUGACAGACAGGCUAAUAGAAAAAUGCAUGCAGCUGCCCAAUCAGGUCUGGGAUGGAAUUAUUGCCUGGAGACAGUUAAACAACUUGGCAAUAUUCUGAAAACAAAUGUAGCCACGUGCAAAUCAGUUGGACACCCUUUCGUCAACCAACUUGGAAGGAUUUACCUUGAUGUGGUCAACGUCUACAAGGUUCUCAGUGAAAACAUCUCAUCUGCCGUUUCACAGCAUGGGGAAAGUGUCACCAAACAACCUCUUAUCAGAGCCAUGAGGGGUGUGAAGAAAGAUUCGCUAAAUUUGAUUAAUUGCUGGGUCAGCAAAUCAAAUGACCAGGCAUUGGUAAAAGACAAUUUCAUCCCACCUAUACUGGCGACUGUGCUGGACGACUACAAUCGAAACGUACCUCAAGCGAGAGAAGCAGAGGUGCUCAACACCAUGGCAACAAUUGUCAACAAACUUGAGACAAGCAUUGUUGAUGAAAUACCGUUGAUCUUCGAUGCUGUUUUUGAAUGCACUUUGGAGAUGAUUAACAAGGACUUUGAAGAGUUUCCUGAACACCGUACGAAUUUCUUCGUGCUGUUGCAAGCAGUUAAUCAACACUGUUUCCAAGCAUUACUCAAGCUAGCGUCACCACAGUUCAAGCUCGUUUUGGAUUCGAUCGUAUGGGCGUUCAAACAUACAAUGAGAAACGUGGCUGAUAUAGGUUUGAAUAUCUUGAAUGGCCUAUUGAUAAAUAUACAACCUCACAGUGAAGCUCAAGGGUUCUACCAAGCCUAUUACACGAUGAUUUUGCAGCAUAUUCUGUCAGUUGUUACUGAUACUUCUCACACUGCAGGCCUAACAAAGCAUGCAACUAUUCUGGCUCAUAUGUUUGGGAUCGCCGAAAGUGGAGGCAUUACUGUUCCCCUGUUUGACCCGUCAAGAACAGAGAACAACAACAUGACUAACGAGCUUUACAUUAAAGAAUACACAGCGGCACUCCUCAAGCAAGCAUACCCUCAUUUGCUGCAGCCGCAGAUCAAGCUGUUUGUGCAAGGGCUGUUUGAUUUAGACAAUGACAUUUCGGCCUUCAAAGAACAUCUAAGAGAUUUCUUAAUCCAGAUAAAGGAGUUUCAGGAAGAGGAAUGUUCUGAUCUGUACCUUGAAGAACGUGAAGCAGAAUUGCGAGCCGCUCAGGAAGAGAAACGAAAAAGACAAAUGGCGGUACCAGGCAUACUUAACCCGCAUGAAAUAAACGAAGAGAUGCAGGAUUAAUAUGGCGACGUGGUAUUUUGUGGCUAGUAUAAUUGUGUUCACAGAGUCGCUUCCCUUCGCUAAUGAAGAGCCAUCCAGGAACACGCAGAAGCCACGCGUAUAAGUCUAUAUAGUCCUGUGGGUCUAAGGGUCGCCUGAAACAUCGGCAAGGAAAUUCUCGCGGGAUUUGCAAUGUCGGUACGUGGUGCUUGAAAGGAAAGUCUCGUGGGAUAUGCAAAAUCAGUUCUUCUCUAUAUGAUAAUGCAAUUUUGCAGACAAUAUAACGGUAAUAGAUGAUAGGGCUUUAAGUUCACGUCUGCUAUAUGACAAGAACUGUUCGUUAAUUUCGAUAUUAAUUGCUAUAAUGAUAUUUAAUAUGCUGCAUAUCAAGUGUGGGAAAACAUUUGUCUAAAAUAUAUUAGUUAUUUGAAAUAUAUUUGAAACGUUUGGUGCUAAUUUAGUAUUCAUUUUUAAAUGAUGGUCCCUCAUUUUAUUUCCUACGUUAAAUAAGGAUUAGAUGAUACCUUAUAAUUCAAGCAGGGGUCAAACAUACACCAAGAAAAAACCAUGCAUGGAUUUCCUAAUUCUUGAACAGAAAACUCGCCCUCGAAUAAUGUUGGUAUCAGAAUUUCUUAUCUGAAUCAAAUAAGAAUUUUGUUUUAUGCCCUGACUGCGCGCGUUUAGUUUAUGAGCAGGUAAAUGCAUUUGUAUUAAAAGUUAAUUGUUCUGUCGUGUCUCCGUAACAAUAUCAGAUGUUUUUGAAAGUAUGUACAAAAGUUCUUUUCAGUUUAGCUUGACUUGUAUAAAUUUUUUCAUGAAUAUUACCAAAACCUUGACCAGGAAGCAAUGA